AUGGGGUCUAAUGGUACACCCCUUCUUCCCAAGAGGCCACAGAGUUUGGGUGUCACGAUUUGGGAGGGAGACGAUUCAGCUUUCCAUCCGGAGAUUGAUCCUGAUGAGGAUGUAUUGAGCGAUUGUGAUGAGAAGUCGAGGGCUCCAAGGUAUGAGGGCCGUUUGCUCAGAGAGACGCCCCUGCACAUCUGCAAUAGUGCAUGGAAGCUACCCAAGGUACCUGUGACCUAUCAUAAGUAUGGGUCUCGCUCCACUGUUCUUAGCUGGUAUGGCCAGCUAUGCGGGGCUGUCCGACAGUGGGUUGUCGAGGCUGGCUUCGAGGAUCUAGCUCUACUACAGACUAGGUCUUUCGAUAUGUCUUUGGCGCAGGCCCUGGCUGAGAGGUGGUGGCCUACUACCCACACUUACCACCUGCCUAUGGGUGAGAUGACGAUCACACCCUUGUGCUAUUUCCUAUACACGGGCCUUUCUUUCGGUGGUGAGGCAGUGGUUGGGCAUCCGGGUGGCUGGACAUUCGAUGAUCAGGAGCUGAUGAGGUUGCUUGGGUCUAUUCCCUCUGAGUCAUACACGGCGGUACAGUGGUUCUAUCGUGAGUGGGAUGAGAAAAUGGUGACUGACUCGUCCAGUCGUGAGGAGCUGGACCAGCAGGCGAGGUGUUUCAUUCUCUAUCUUUUAGGGAACACCUUAUUCAGUACCAGCAGGAUGACGAUCCACAUCUCCAUGGUAUGGUACCUCAAAGAUUUGCUGAGGGUGAAGAAAUUUGACUGGGUUGGUGUGGGCUAUGCCCAUAUGCUGAGGAUGUUGGAUUCAUUGGCCAUGCGGGGCACCGAACUUGUCGACGGCACCUAG